UGAUUCCAGCAAACAUGGAUGGAAGACCCACCUGUGACCAGUGUGGAAAGACUUUCAUCAGAGCAAGUAACCUAAAAGACCAUCAACGCAAUCACACUGGAGAAAGACCAUAUGAGUGUGACCUGUGUGGAAAUGCUUUCAUGAGAGCAAGUGAUCUAAAAAUCCACCAACGUAUUCACACUGGAGAAAGACCAUAUGAGUGUGACCUGUGUGGAAAUGCUUUCACCACAACAAAUCAAUUAAAAAUCCACCAACGCAUCCACACUGGAGAUAGACCGUAUGAGUGUGACCAGUGUGGAAAUGCUUUCACCAGAGCGAGUCACCUAAAACUCCACCAACGCAUCCACACUGGAGAAAGACCGUAUGAGUGUGACCAGUGUGGAAAUGCUUUUACCGCAUCAGGUUCCCUAAAACUCCACCAACGCAUCCACACUGGAGAAAGACCAUAUAUGUGUAACCAGUGUGGAAAUGCUUUCACCACAGUAAGUUGCCUAAAAAUCCACCAACACAUCCACAGUGGACCAAAACUGUAUUACUGUGACCAGUGUGGAAAGGCUUUCCACACAGCAAAUUACCUAAAAAUCCACCAACGCAUCCACAGUGGACAAAAUCUGUAUUACUGUGACCAUUGUGUAAAGGCUUUCACCUUAGCAAGUAACCUAAAACUCCACCAACGCAUCCACACUGGAAAAAGACCGUAUGAGUGUGACCAGUGUGGAAAUGUUUUCACCAGAGCAAGUCACCUAAAACGACACCAACGCAUCCACACUGGAGAAAGACCAUAUGAGUGUGACCAGUGUGGAAAGAAUUUCACCCGAAGGAAUGAGGUUAAAGCUCACCAACGUAUUCACACUGGAGAAAGAACAUAUAAUUGCGACCAGUGUGGGAAGUUUUGCACCAAAGCUAAUCACCUAAAAAUCUCCAAAAGGGCCCACGCUGGAGAGAGACCCUACAAGUGCAGGUUCUGUGACAGAUCUUUUCUCACAGGUUCAAAAUGUACUAAACAUGAACGUGUCGAACAUUUCCUCAAAGGACAAAAACUGAACAGUCGUACAAAAAGUAAGACCUUGGACUCUAGUGGAAAGAGUCAGUGUCAUAACACACCUAAACAGUUUGAAUGUUUCCAGUGUGAUGAAAGAUUCUCAUCAUCCUCUGCCCUCUGCUAUCAUCAGCGCAGAUGUGAAUCAUUGUCUGGACCAAAAUGUCCCUCAGCAUCAGAUGACAGGAAGAAAAACAGUGUGUGUGAACCAGCAGCACCCACUUCUGACAAGAACAUCAGACUUAAAAACCUCCAGAUCAGACUUCACAGAAUCCAGAUGUGAAGACAAACAUCAGACUGAAGGCUGUGUUUUGUUGUCCUCAGAGUACAGAAGUGUGUUCUAAUGCACCACCUUCACAAAACAGUGACGUUACUGAACCUCAACCUGCCACGAGGUGAAAAGUUCAACUAGUGGAGGUCAACAAGGACCUGGUUUCUAUGGCGAUACUACUUCUCACUGACUCUGUGGACUUUAAUCAGUAACUUGUUGUGAUUCUGUUGCUGGUUGGGGUUCACACAGUUGGAUUUCCAUCAGUUAGAAACAACAUGAUGAACAUAAUAUAACUGAGACAGAAUGACUGAUGAGCUGGUAGUGGUUUAGUCCCAAACUGAGGC